AUGAAUCUUCGUCAACAAAAUUUUCCACCAAAAUAUUGGCUUCACUUACAUAACCAUACGUUGUAUCCGUUACCAUCAUUACCACCAAAAACAACUCGACCUCUUUCUAAAAUUAAAAUUAACAAGUAUCUUGUUUCCCUUGCACCACAUGUUCAAAAGUUUAUUUAUAAAGGCGCUAUAGAUAAGAAAAAAGGCGAAAUCAGAUCGACCAAAUUUCCUUUGAGUCGAGAUCAAUUCAUCAGUUUACAACAUCUUGGUGUAACAAAUAAAUAUCAACAGGUCGAUUUGGUUGAACAAGAACUACAGCUGGUGUUGAAUUUUGAAUUUAAAGGUUAUUAUCGUGGUGUAAAAAACAUUCAGGUGAAACUGCAACAACAGAAGCCCGUGAUUUUUGGAAAAAGCCCAAUUCUUCUACUUUUUUACACGAUUUCAACAAAAAGCUCCAAUUCUUCGACAAUAAUCAUAUCAACAUAG